CAGCACUGGAAUGGCCAUAGCUGGAAUCGUGUUACUCUUCAGAAGUGUUCGAGUGACAUCAAAAUUCACAAGUUCUUCAGAUAUUCCAGUGGAAUUUAUAAAAAAGAAUGUUAAACUACGUGGACGAUUACAUCGAAUAACUGAAAAUGGUUUAGAAAUUGAACAUAUUCCUAUUACUUUACCUGUCAUAUCAUCUUGGAAAAAAGACCCAUGUGGUGCUUUGCUGGUUAAGCUGGCUGGGGUAGAACUCACUGAGACUGGGAAGGCCUGGUUACAGAAAGAGCUGACACCUUCCCAGCUACUUUGGUUCCAGCUUCUUGGAAGGGAGAAUUCAGCCCUCUUUUGUUACCUAUUAGUGAAUAAGGGUGGCUAUUUUAACGUGAACCUGAAUGAAGAAAUUCUGAGAAGAGGCCUUGGUAAAACUGUCCCUGUCAAAGGGCUAAAUCAUGAUUCUAAAACCUACUGGAAAAUUCACAGAAACUUGCUUAAAGCAGAAUUAACGGCCUUGAAGAAAGGAGCAGGAUUAUGGAAGGAAGAGCAUGAAAAAGAAAGUUAUUUGGGAAAACUCAAAGGCUCCUGGAGAGAAAUGUGGGGGAAAGACAGUUCUUUUGUAAAACGUGGACCAAAUUUCAAUUUGAAAAAGGAAAGUUAUUAUGACAAUCUCAGAAAGACUUAUGAAACAUGGAAAGAAAAUCUGAAUAAUUACUCCUUAAUACAGAAGUUCAGAGAACUUAUGAGUCGCAUAUACUUUCGUAAAAAAGAGUGAAGUAUUCCAAGAAGUCUGGAGAUGAAAAGAGUAAAAUUUGUAAAUAUAUGGAUAUUUUUCAUUGCAUUGAAAUGAAAAUUUCCCCAAAUGAAAAAAUUAGUAGUUUAAUGGUAUUGAAAUAUUAGAACAUCAUUGUUAUUAUAAAUGACAUCAGAAUUAACAUUAAAAAUAGUGAGUAAUGUAAUUCUAUGUGUAUUUAGGAAAAAAUAAUGUCUAUUUUAUAUGUGUUCUGAAGAUUCACUGACAUCGAGUCAUUGUUGACAUAUAGUGACCUCCUCUGGGUUUCCAAGGCUGUAACUGUU